AUGGUAAGAUCUCUUAUCUUUCCUAAUCACGUCAUUAUAGAACUUUUUAGGAUAAGCGUAGAAAUCAUAAACAAAAAGAUGAACGAAAAGGUGGUAGUCAUGUGAGUUUUGAUUUAUAAUUUCCUGUUGGAUUAUGCAAAUUACAUUUCAGAACAAACAACGAGAAACCACCAAACGUAAAAGUAAAACAGUGCAAAACUCAGGGAGACGAAAGAAUUCACAUAGUAACCAACAUUAUAAUAUUUUGGGUGAAAGAGAGAAAAAACAUGUGGAAGUUGAAGUUCAUCAUAUUCCAGCAGAAACAAAUAAGAAAGAGCCACCAGAUGAGAAGAACAGUCCUCCAAAGAAAAGGUUAUCUCAAAUAAAUAUUGAGCCUCUAAAAAUUGUGCCACAAGUAUCUAAGGAUAAUUUGGAAAAAGUUCAAGUUUUGAAAGAAGCUCCGAAAGAAUCACCAGUUCCUAAAGAAUCUCCAGUUCCCAAAGAUCCUCAAACUUUGAAGGAAAAAGAGCCAUCGAAGGAAAACCUCAAAAUAUCGAUUGAUCCAUUUAAUGAUGAAGAUAAAACUGAUACAAUGAAGAAAAUGGUCAAGAAAUAUAAGACAAAAAAGGAUUAUUCAAUGGUUUCAAAAUCUUUGCGAGAGUUUUAUCAACUGGAUCCAAUGGUUCGAAAUCGAUCAAUAGUUGUUCCAGUUUACAAUAAAGUGACGAAGAAAAGUGAAAUGAAACAAAUUGAUCAAACACAAAAAGAUGAAGAUGAACCAAUUAUUGGCCAAAAAACACCGAAAAAAUCAAAAUCAGUACAUCUUCCACAAAUCGACGAUGAUUACGAAAAUAUUCCGAAACUUGAAAAAAUUCUCAAUUUACCACCGGAGGAUAUUUAUAACGGGGGAACUUUGGUUCAUUGGAUGGAAUAUAUCGAACCAUUUGAUGAAGAUUUGCAAGGAGUUGAACCACCGUGUACAGUUGGAAGUGAGCAAAUUGAAAUGUGUCAUAAUGCAAAGUUCAGAUUGCACACGGCGAUAAAGAAAAAGUAUGUCAUGUUUUUUGGAGGUUUUGAAGAGCGGCCAAAAAAAUCAGGAGAUGUUCAAUUGAUCGAACAUUUUACGAAUUUCUAAAUCGGAUUUGGUCCGAUUUUUUGAGAUAAAAAUCCGAAUAUGAUCGAUGCAAAAUUUCCCGAUUUUAUUUUGACCCAAAAUCAACUUACUUCAUUUUCAGAAUCGAUUUCGAUGCGUUCGCCCCAUCAAAUACAAUGAAAUCGGAAGACGAGGUGUUUUUCACCGGACCAAUUGUUUUCAGCAAUACCAUCCGAAGUCUCAUAAAUGCCGCCACCAAACCUCGCCAUGCGGAUAAAAAAGAGAUUUCUGAAAAAACUUCGGAAAUUCAGAUAAUUGAAAUCGAUCGGACGAAAUGUUUCACAUAUUUGGUAAAUUCUUUUUUAAAAAAUUCAAAGAAAAAUUAGAGAUUUUCAGAGAUCGAAUGCAAUUGCAACCGCUGCGAAGAAACAUUAUAUGAAAAUCGAAGAAGUGCCGAAAACAGAGGAUUUAUCGAUAAAUGUUUUGAAACUUAUUAAAUGA